AUGUCCCGAGUAGUGUCGAGCUGUAGCCAGCCCAAAAGAAACAGUGCUGUGCGACGAAUGUUCCCUGUGGUGUUUGCAGCGAAUGGGUCCACUUUACAGCAAGUGGACCCAUCGAGCGAGUAUGUUGUGCGCUGGCAAUUGGCGCCUGUCGUGCCACGUCUGGGGAACAUCGCACUAGAGCCUGCGGCUAAGGUUGUAGUACCACGAGGAGCAUAUCGUGUGAGGUUCGUCGGGAGUGUCUCGGAGUGA